CGCCCCGCCGCUCGUCGUCGUCAUCCGCCUCGCCCCGUCCCUCCACCUCUCGCCGCCCUUCGUACGCCGAGCCGCCGUCGCUCACCGAGACGCACAAGGACCUGCGCACUCUCCUCAAGUCGUUCCUCCUCCUCGUCCCACGGUCCAUUCGCCAGCUCCGCUUCCUCAUCCCGUCACCGGCCCGCGUCUUCGCUCGCUUCAUCGUCCGCCAAGUCUCGAUGUUCCUCCAUGCUCGAGGCGCGCUUGGCAGCAACAUCGUGUACGACGUCGUCGCGUCGAUGUGGCGCAUCGUCAUCACGCUCUUCUUCCGCGAGAUCCGCUCGCGCGGCGCGUGGAAGAUCCCGCGCGCCGCCGAGGGGCCCGUCAUCUUUGUCGUCGGUCCUCACCACAACCAGUUCCUCGACCCGCUGCUCCUCAUGAGCGAGGUCAAGCGCGAGAGCGGUCGGCGCAUCAGCUUUCUCACGGCGGCCAAGAGCAUGGACAGGGCGUUCGUCGGGCUCGCCUCGAGGCUCAUGCAGAGCAUCCCUGUCGCGCGCGCCCAGGACUCGGCAUUUGCCGGCAAGGGCACGAUCAAGCUCUCCGACUCGGACCCGUGCAUCAUCAUCGGCGAGGGCACGUCGUUCACCAAGGACUUUGAGAAGCCGCGCUCCCAGGUCCUCCUGCCGCGCAACCUCGGCAGCUCGACGGCCGAGGUCGUCGAGGUCAUCAGCGACACCGAGCUGCGCCUCAAGAAGGAGUUCAACCGCAAGGCGACCGAGGGCCUCAAGGAGAAGAGCGAGGGCUCGUCUUUCAAGGUUCUUCCGCAUGUCGACCAGACGAGCAUGUACUCGGCCGUGUACCAGCGCCUGACCGAGGGCGGGUGCAUCGGCAUCUUCCCCGAGGGCGGCUCCCACGACCGCACCGACCUCCUGCCGCUCAAGGCCGGCGUCUCGAUCAUGGCGCUCGGCGCCAUCUCGGCGCACCCGGACCUGCACCUCCAGAUCGUCCCCGUCGGCCUCAGCUACUUUCACCCGCACAAGUUCCGCUCGCGCGCCGUCGUCGAGUUCGGCAGCCCGAUCGAGAUCCCGACCGAGCUCGUGCGCGACUUUGAGCAGGGCGGCGACAGCAAGAAGAAGGCGAUCAGCACCGUCAUGGAUUACGUCGUCAACGGGCUCAAGAGCGUCACGAUCCGUGCGCCUGACUACGACACGCUGAUGCUCGUCCAAGCCGCACGUCGCCUGUACCGCCCGCCCGGGCAGAACCUGACGCUCGGCCAGGUCGUCGAGCUCAACAAGCGGUUCAUCGUCGGGUACGACGCGUACAAGGAGGACCCGCGCAUCAAGAACCUCGAGCACCGCGUGCGCGAGUACAACACGCUCCUGCGCUACAUGGGCCUCAAGGACCACCAGGUCGACCGCAUCGGCCGGCCCCGCUGGCGCUCGUUCGCCCUCCUGUGCUACCGCCUCGGCCUCCUCGGCGUGUGGGGCGUCCUCGCGCUCCCCGGCGUCGUCCUCAACUCGCCCAUCUUCCUCGCCGCCAAGAUCAUCUCGCACAAGAAGGCCAAGGACGCCCUCGCCGCCUCGUCGGUCAAGAUCGCCGGUCGCGACGUCCUCGCGACCUGGAAGGUCCUCGUCGCGCUCGGCGGCGCGCCGGCCCUGUACUCGGUCUACGCCGUCAACGCCGUCGUCCUCGCGCACAAGCUCGCCCUGCCGGCCAGCUACCGGUUCUGGGCGCCGUUCGCCACGUUCGCGGGCCUGCCGCUCAUCGGUGUCGCCGCGCUCAAGUUUGGCGAGGUCGGCAUGGACGUCUACAAGUCGCUCCGCCCUCUCGUCCUGUCGCUCGUCCCCGGCAAGGAGCCGCAGCUCAUGCGUGUGCAGCGCAUGCGCGAGGAGCUCGCCUCGGAGCUCAACCUCCUCGUCGACGAGCUCGCGCCCGCCCUGUUCGACGACUUUUCGGCGUCGCGCAUCAUCCCGUCGACCACGCCCGUCCCUCAGCGUCGCGACUCGGCGCAGGGCAAGUUCUUCCAGCACCCGCUCAGCUGGGUCGACGAGCUCUUCUUCGGCCCGGCGUGGAGCUCGAGCAUGGCGUACCCGCAGGACCGCCACGUGCGCCCGAACCAGGGCGAGUCGCUCCACGCGCCCUCGACGGGCAACGGCGCCGAGAGCGACCUCGACGGCGCGUUCACCGACGGCCAGGGCACCGGCAGCGGCUACGUCUCGGGCUACACGACCGAGGAGGCGCCCGACUACGACGAGGUCAUCCACAUCCUCAACCGCGAGCAGGGCCACCCGGACUCGCCCGCCGUCGGUGCGCGCCCGACCAUCUCGCGCCGUGCGUCGCGGCAGCGCUCGCGUUCGGGCCUCAACCUCGCCGCCAUGAGCCCCGUCUCGCCGGCGACGCCGCUCUCGAGCGCGACGGCCUCGGGCGCUCAGGCCGGGUCGAGCGGCGCCGAGGCGAGGCGCAGGGGUGCGGCGCCGCAGCAGGACGAGUGAGGCGGCGGUCGGUCGCCGUCGAUAGAGGUGUGGGAGACCUUGGAGGAGACAGAGAGGGUGCGAGAGAGAAGACGAUGUCUCGGUGCUUACUGGUCCCUGCCGUAAUUCCCCUCCCCUCUGCUUAGCUUUCUGAGUUGUCAGUCGUCCUGUCUGUCGAGCGUCCUGGGCUGUAAUUGAGGUUCCCAGUCGUCGAACG